UUGUGUCGCUCUCCUCGCGGCUGAAUCUCGCAGCGAUGGAGCUCGGAGUGGCUCGUUUUCGCGCUCGCCGGAGAUAAAGUGAUUUUAAGGAGAAAUGCGGCGUGUUUCCAGUGCUGCUGAUCUCACACACCGCCAGACCUGAGCUCACAUUGAGACGAGGAGCGACACUGGGAAGUUUAAUGUUCCUCAAGAGCGACGGAAACAGUCAUCCGAACAUCUGAGGAGAUUUCACCUGCUGGUUUUGGCACAACAUUAGGAUGACCUUCAAAUGGUUUCUGUUUCUUCCCGGUGGGCUCAUGCUCCUGAUCUAGGGUGGGGGGGCAUCGCCCCGUUCUGCCAUGAAAGGCUACACCCCCCAGCGCACCCGUUACCUGUCCGACUGCGAGCCGCCCCGUUCUCCCAGUCCCCGGGCCGCCUCCACCCUGUCCCACGCCCCGUUUCUCCUCCCAGCAGCCAUGGAGCAUUACGGAGCCCUGGACACACAGCACUUCUCCCCGUCGCCCGACUGCCUGAUGCCCCUCAGCAGCCAGCUGUCCUCCAGCAGCACCUUCCCCAGAAUCCACUACAGCUCACACUUCGAUCAGGGCGACUUCGGCCCCGCGACCGACAGCAUCGGGGGAAUCAGCACCGGGACGCUGGGGACGUCUAUGUCUAUGGGAAUGGGUCUCGGAGUGGGACGGACCGCCGUGAUCACCAGCGGAUCUGCAACUAUAUCAGGGGCAGGAAAGAUGAACCGGUUGCCGCCUAACCUCCUGGACCAGUUCGAGAAACAGCUGCCAGGUCAACAUGACGGCUUCAGCACAUUACAGUUUCAUCGCAGCACUGCGGUGACGACCACCAAACAGCAGCAACAACAGCGGACCGACAGUCCGGGAAAAAUACGCUACUUUGUUCACUCCGUUCAGAAACUGUUCGCUAAAUCCCAGUCGCUGGAAAACUCUGCCAUGAAGGGAAACAUGAACGGCCGCAACAGCAGAUCGUCGAGCAGUAAUGACAAACACCAUCGAAGCAAAAGCAAAGACCGGGCGAAGAGCGAAGGAACGGCCAAACGGAGGCCUCGAUCCAAUAUGUCUGGAUACUGGAGUUCUGACGAUUUGGACAGUGAUAUUAGUAACUAUAGGAACCCGAUGGCCAUGAUGACUUUGGGUCGUCAAGCGGUGGGAUCCGGACCGGGGCCGGGCGGACAGGUGGCGUCCAGGUACCUCAUGCAGGGCUACAGCACCAUUAGCGAGCACACGCUCAAAUCCCCAAAGAGUAACAGUGACCUGAAGCACCAGGGGCUCCCUGCACUCCCAGGACCUGGAGGCGGUGGGGGGGUUGGAGGAGGCCAAGGGCCGAUGUUUGACGGGAACUUUGGUAAAGGGGGACCCUGGUCCACACUUACGUUAGGACCCACCAGACAGGUGUGCCAGAAGGGCUCGGCCACACUGGAUCGCACCCUGCUGAAGUCCAAAUCUGUCCAGCAGGAUCUGGGGUGCCACUUCCUGCAGGUGCGUGGGAGGAUGCCGUCCACCGGCGACUGGACAGGGACUCUGGGCCGAAGCGGGCCCAUGGGUGAGAUCCCCUGUAGACGGAUGCGUAGCGGCAGUUACGUCAAAGCCAUGGGCGAUCUUGAGGAUAGCGACGACUCUGACGGGAGUCCCAAACCCUCGCCAAAAAGCGCCGCACGGAGGCAAAGCUACCUACGCGCAACACAGCAAUCACUAAGUGACCAGUUCCCCUCAAGAAACUGUCUUCCUUCUCUGCGAGAGUUCUCUGGGAAUCGGAGUCUGGAUAACCUGGACUGCAUCGGAGGCAGCUCUCCGUUCCCAAUCUGGGAUGAUGAUGACUUCAGUCAGGGCUGCAGCACGCUGGGACGCAGCAGCUGCAUCAGUCAGGUGCGAGACAUGGAGCUGAGCCAUCAUUAUGGAGACGAGCUGGAGGACAUGCAUCCUCGCUCCCGCUGCAGCGAUCCUCCUGACAUGCCCAUGCCCACAUGCUUCCGCUCACGCAGCCAUAGUUACCUUCGUGCCAUUCAGGCCGGCUGUUCUCAAGACGACGACACGGCCUCGAUGGAUUCUGAUUCACCGCCGCCCACGACCACAACGACCGUACGCACCUACAGCAACAGCACCGUCUCCACAUGCAUGACCUCCUGUAAGAGGGUGGCUCCGCCUCCUGUUCCCCCCCGCACCACCUCCAAACCCUUCAUCUCCGUCACCGUGCAGAGCAGCACAGAGUCCGCGCAGGACUGCUACCCCGACCGCAAGAGCGAGGUCAACAGCCAAUCAGGACGCAGCAACUCCUCCGAAAGCCUCGACAGCCUGCCCAAAGGGUCACGACCCCCUGUAGCGCCGCCCCGUGAGCCCCAGAUCCCGGCCGCUGUGGUCAUCUCUCCCAACCCGCUCCGAGAGUCCCAUCAUGAGCAGGUGAAGGGGGAGGCACUCCCUGCGGACGAACCCCCUGUAGACCCCGUCCCGAGACGGAAACUCUCCUCCAUUGGGAUUCAAGUCGACUGCAUUCAGGAAAUCCAGGCUAAAGUAGAGACGCCACCGCUGGCCAGAUUCCAGUCGAUCGGAGUUCAAGUGGAGGACGGCUGGACUUGCAGCCGCUCCAGUAGUAUGGCCUCUAGGCAAGAGACGGACUCAGACACACAAGACCUCUCGCUCACAUCCCUUACAUUCCCUUCUAACUCCAAACACACCGAGAAGAAAGUCAUGGUCAACAGUGCCAGCCAAUCGGUGGACUCGCCUCAGCAGCUCUCCCUUGACAACGGUAACCAUGAAAAUGAUGUGGCGGUGACGACCAGCGGCCCCUCCCGACAGAUCCUGACCAAUCGCUCGACCACACAGAGCAGCUCCUCGUCCUUCUCCGAGAGUCUGGAUCCGGCCCUUGACCCGUCCUCCCUCCCGCCGCCCGACCCCUGGCUGGAGAGCGGGAACGGGACGGGGAACGGAGGCCCCGCCCACCCAUUGACAGGGGCCACAGGAGCCACAACAUGCCGGCGGGACGGUCACUGGUUCCUGAAGCUCCUGCAGGCCGAGACGGGUCGGAUGGAGGGAUGGUGCAGUCAGAUGGAGAAAGAGACCAGCGAGCACCAGCUCUCAGAAGAGGUUUUGGGGAAGGUCCGUAUUGCGGUGGGCUGCGCUCAGCUCCUCAUGUCCCAAAAGUUCCAGCAGUUCAGAGGCUUGUGUGAACAAAACCUGAAUGUGAACGCCAACCCCAGACCCACGGCUCAAGAUCUGGCCGGGUUUUGGGAUCUUCUUCAGCUCUCGAUAGAAGACAUCAGCCUCAAGUUUGACGAGCUUUAUCAUCUCAAAUCAAACGAGUGGAAGCUGGAAGGAGACUCACCGGUGAAGCAGGAGAACCAGAAACGGACUCCUCCGGUGCCCAAGAAGCCUGGGAAGACUAAAGCGGCCCUGGGCCGAGAGAAGAGCAACGACACGGUGGACAAACAGAGACAGGAGGCUCGCAAGCGGCUCAUGGCAGCCAAGAGAGCUCAGUCCGUCAAGCAGAACUCGGCCACCGAGAGCGCCGACAGCAUCGAGAUCUACGUCCCCGAGGCGCAGACACGGCUCUGAGGAGACGCACCAGAUGCACAGCGAACACGCUCAAGGGCUCCGGCGUCACACACAGCACCAACAGCUGCUUUUGUCUUUUGAUGCCGUCGUUUAAUACACAGAGGUGAGAGAGUGGGACGGAAACCACGCAGUGCGAACGGACUGCCAAGGAAAACCUCACAACAAUCUCAUUAGUUGCAAUGAAUAAUAUUAUUAUUGAUAUGAUUAUUAAUAUCGGACUGCUAUUGAUUACUAUUACUGUCCUAGAUUGUUUUAAUUAUUCUGCUAUUUUGGAUAAGAGCUCCUGUAUCGUAGAAAGACGCCCACCACUCGAUUGAAAUCCACGUCUUCCUGUUACACGCUUCGCUUUCUGUUCUUCUUCUUCCUCUCUUCCUUCACCAGAGAUGCUCCUCGUCUUUUGUUAACGGUUUUGAUCGAUGGAAGCGAUAGAUGCGGUGUGUUUCAGGGCAGCCAGGUGGCGCUCUUCAAUUUCCCAUGUUUAGAAAUCAUGCGUGGUGGCGUAUCAGAUCUCCAUCUCAGGUCCUGAAGUCUCACGGUUGUCCAGUUCUCAUGGGUUUAAACAGGUUUUGACCUGACCUGAUGUUUUGUUGAAUGAAGUGCCUGUGGGUAACUUUAAGACCCUUGUAGCAAUAUCAAAGAUUAUAAUAUCACAAUUUAAACAGCACCCCCUAAAACACGUAGUGUAGACGCUUUGACAGUGUGAUAAAACUCAAAACGUAAAGAGCGAAAUAUGGUUCUUCGUUCCUUUUCUCUUUCAAACUGCACAAAUCUGCACUUAUCACUCGUCAUGUUUUAAUACAGUAUUGAAAAUGACUAGAUAAAGCAGAGUCUUCUGUAACUGAACGUCUUUACUGGGAAUUUUCACAAAAACACAUUUGAUGUGGUCCAAUUUGUACUUGGAAUUGUUAAAAAAAGGCUGAAAACAUCUUUAUGCUGUUUUUUGUUUUUUUAAGAAGGUGGUUAGGUUUGCAAUUUGGAAAUUAAGAAAUCCUACCUAAAUAUUCUAAUAUUAAUGUGGAUUUAUUAAUUCCAUCCUUUAUAUAAUUCAUGUGACUUAAUCUGAUUUGUCUAACACAAACUCACUGCUUGUUUCUUACUGCUCUUUCCAUGCCCACAUGGAAAAAACCUAUAUAAACAAAUAUGUUUCAAUAAAGGUUUUGAUAUAGGUUUUUAAUAUAUCUUACAUAUAUAAAAUUGGCAGUGUUCCUAUAUUAUAUGUACAUAUAUGUACAUAUAU